AUGACGACCGUUCUGAAACUUCGCCAGCCCCUUCAGGACCUUAGCAUGAGCAACCAGUCGGAGCGCAGGUACAGCAAGCGCCUCGCCGCCGCGUCCGUAUACGACGAACAGGAUGGCGACUUUCACUUUACCAGAGGCUCCAAGCGGGUCAAGACCUCCUCGGAGAACGAGCCCGCGCCCAAGGACGUAGAAGCUCCGGCGGCGGCCAAGGCACCUUCAUCUAGGAAAUCUACGGGGCGGGGGAGGUCGACUGGCGGAGGCAGGAAGCGCGCGUCAUCACCGCCGGCGCCCAAGGAACCUGAGGAGCCAAUUGCAACGACAACGACGAGCAAGAAACCGACGCGCAGGAGAUCAUCGGCACAGCCUGCAGAAGCGGCACCAGCACCGGCGCCUAAGGCGAGGGCAACCCGAGGGAGAACGCGUACCUCGCUGGAAAAGGUCGAGGAGUCUGUGCCGGAACCACCCAAGGCCUCAAAGAGCAGGACAGCACGGAGCAGGCGCGACGAGCCCCAAGAACCGGCUGUUGCAACGCCCGUCGACACGGUUAAGGCGGGCGGCAACACCAGCGAGGGGGACUCGGAGUCGCGACAAAUCGCGUUGCCUUUUAGCGACACGCCCAUCAUCAAUCGUAAUAAGGAGCUGAGGAAAAAAGGCGGGCAGCGGAGGAGCAGCCUGGGGAUGCGCGGGCGACGGGCGAGCUCGCUGAUCGAGAACGGCCACAGCGCGAUACCGCACCGAGACGUGGACCCCAGCGAGUUCUACAAGCACAUCGAGGCGGAAGGGCUGAGCGAACCGCGCCGGAUGAAGCAGCUGUUGACGUGGUGCGGCGAAAGAGCACUGCCCGAGAAACCGCCACACGGCUCCAAGAACUCGAGUGCCGCGCUAGGAGCGCGUGCCAUCCAAGAUCAGCUGCUCAAGGACUUUGCCAACAAGUCUGAGUUCUCCGACUGGUUCAGCAGAGAGGAUGAGCCGCAGGCAGCUCCCAAGAAGCCGGUCGUCUUGAAGCCAAACCCUCGGAACAUUGAGCACGAGGAAAAGAUACAGGAGCUAGAGGAGAGGAUAAAGCGGUUAAAAGAAGAGAAGAAAAAGUGGCAAGCGUUGAGCAAGCCAGCAGAAAGGAUUCCAGCUCUUUUCCCCGACGGCGACCCGACCAGGGCACCUUUACCAGACGAGUCGCUCCUGGACUCGGCGGAGGCAAAUAUGCUCCAUUUCCUCACGGGGGCCGAAUCGUCCUUCGGCGCCCUGAAAACGCAGACGCAAUCACGCUUGCGGGCGAUCCAGUCCUCGCUGGAGCUCAAGGUUGACCACCUGGCAGACUCAGUCCUUAAGCUCGACCAGCGGAUCGCCACGGCCGGCAAGGAGGCGGAUCAGGUCCUCGGCCUCAGCGCGGCCAGGUUGCGGGAGAGAGAAGAGAAGGAGAAGGGUGCUGCCGGGACCAAAGACAUGCCCGUCAUGGAAGUGCUGAGGAGUUUAGGGAGGAUAUUGCCGGAGGGUGGUGGCUGA